CACUUUUAAAAGGUGAAAAUUAUCUUUAAGCACUUGGAAUAAUUUUCUUACGUGCCCUUCAGAACCAUGGCAGCAGAAAAUACGCGUUAAACGCAUGCCAAUUUGACGUACAAAUCAAGGCAAAAAAAAAAAAAAAAAAAAGAGCGAAUUUCAUCUUCGUAUUAGAUUGUUCAUACGUACUUAGAAAUGUUCACCCUGAUUAGGCAAAUUUGAAAGGAGUAAGGGGGGAACAGCUAAAUGCGUCCCUAAGGCUGCCAACUGUCCCUUUAGCGUUUUCGUUAAGGCAUUAUUCACAAAUAUGCACAUAAUGUACAUUUGCUACGGGUGCCUCUUCGCCUUUUUAAGAACGCUCUAGAUAGUCAAGCAAGCGUAGCGGCACACAGUACGCAGUUUAUUGUACUUUACGUUAUGGGCUUUGCUACAUAGUAGAAAUAUUGCUAGUUUUUGAGAGUCCCUUUUUUGGGGGUAGCACACAUACUAUUUGCGGCUAUUCAUCAUAUCGGCCCAUUUUCAUCCCUUCCGUGUGCACAUCAGUUUAGUGCUUUCCAGUAGCGCGAAGCCGCGUUAGGAAGUGCAGCUGGGAAGUGAAGUUUCGAGGAGGGGCGGAAAAGGCGCAACACACGUACCGCUUCGCAUCCGCGUUACAUACCUCGUUACAUACCGCGUCACAUACCUCCUCGCACACCGCAAUCGCCGCUUUCGCCCGAGAAGAUGGAAGGCUUCGAAGAGAUCGAGAACGCGUACAAGGAGAUAGAGGGCGAGAUCAUCAAGACAGUGGAGGGGCUGUGCGGAGGCAAUUACCUCCAAAUCAAGGACGAAGUGAUCAUGCCGCACAUGAGCGAAAGUCUAAUCAACAAGAUUAUCCUGUUGAACAGACACAUCAACGAUAAGAGCAACGAAGAGGAAUUCGAGAAGAAGGUGACGAACGAAAAGGUGAUGCAAAUAAAUGACAAGUUGAUAUAUCUAGUGUGCGAUUACUACAUUAAUAAGAAGGAGAUUGACAAUUUAAUUAACUUUACGUCGAGUAAUGAGAAUUAUUUUAAUGUGUUGCCUCAAGCGAAAACAGCCAAGUUGAUAAGGAACAUCGUGGAAAAGAUAUCAAAAAAGAUUAGGAACGUGAGUAUGCUGUAUAUAAUAUUUAAAAAGUACAUGAAUUGGGCAUAUGAAAAGAAAAGGAAUUUUUUAAGAUGCCGGAUAGAGGUAAAAAUAAUCAUUUUGUUUAUCCUAAAGCAGAAGUACAAAACGGCGCUGAGUUUAAUCGAGCGGUUGUUGAAGGAGGUGAAAAAGGUGGACGACAAAACGUUGUUACUCGAACUGUACAUCGUGGAGACCAAAAUUUACAUGCUGCUGAAGAAUUCCACCAAGAUGAAGGCAUCGCUCACCUUUGCGAAGAACAUUGCCAAUACGAUAAACACGGCCAUUUAUAUUAAUAGCGAAAUAGACUUGCUCUCGGGGAUACUGUUUAUAUACGAGAAGGAUUAUAGAAGUGCGUAUAUUUACUUGUACGAAUGCUACGAAACGUUGUACACGUAUAUUUAUAAUAGCCACAAUAAUACGUUAGACUUUCUGAGCAAGAAGAAUAACGACUUUUACGCGGUUAUUAUACAUAAUAUAAUUAACACCAGCACGAUAUCUUCGCAAAAUAAAACGAAGAGUAUAAGUCAAAUUAGCCCGUUUUUGCUCUCCUUCUACACGUUUUACGAGUACUACGAUAGCAGCAAUAGCAUUCUCAAUUUGGACGAAAUGAAUAUCUGCUCGGGUAAUGCCAACUUAAUAUACAGCGAUGUGAUAUGUACCAUCAGCUCGAGCUACCAAGAACUGGAGGAAGAAAAGGUCUUCUGCAUUACCAACCCAAUUGAGCUAAAUUAUGAAAUGAUGAAAAAUUUGACAUUAGAUAAUUACGGAAAUUUGAUAGAAGCCAAAGCGAGCACCAACAUAUUGGAUAACUCUAUUUUUAUCUUUCCAGAAGAUAGCUCCAUAUGUGGAAAUUUCGGCCUAAAUUUAAAUAUCGAAAAUUUAAAAAUUAUUGUCCCUUUGAAGUACAUGCUUCUGUGCAAAAUUUUGGAGGAAAACAACAGAAAGGACAUCAACAAUAUUCUGUGUGAACAUAAUAAGCUAAAUUACAUCCCAAAUAAGGAAAUUCAAAUUCUGCUGGACAUAUCAAAAUGUUAUGAAAACAGGUCACUUGACGUUUUUGAGAAUAUCAUCAAAAUUAAUAUUUUCCUCAUCAAUGUGGAUAAAGUGAUUUACAACUACUUGAAGGAGCUGUACGAGUUGUUGCUGGAAAAAAAUAUUUUAAAAAUUAUCGAAGCGUAUAGCUGCAUCGACUUGAACUACAUCGGCCAGAAACUGAACCUUGAUUUGAACAAAAUCAUCUCCAAGCUAUCCGAAAUGAUCCUGGAUAAGAAGCUGAAUGCCACGCUGGACCAGAACGUCGGGAUUUUGAUUCUCUACGAGGACAUGCCCGAGACGAAGAUGUACCAGAACGUCCUGGAAAUCAUAAACAACUUGACCGAGUCGGUGGACAUACUCUACCAGAAGGCGCAGCUCACGGUGUAG